CAGCUUCCUGUUCCUCAGCCAGCUCUGUCAACAACCCAUUCACGAUACCCCUCUACACAUCUAGCUAGUCUACGUGAGAGCAACACACAGUCACCAUGCAGGCUCUCAGACAACCGAUGCGCUCGGCGCUCACCAAGGCCGCGACCAGGCAGUACGCAACCGGCUCGUCGCAGUACGCGGAGACGAUCAAGAACCUCCGCAUCAACGGCGACACCAAGGUGCUGUUCCAGGGUUUCACUGGAAAGCAGGGAACCUUCCACGCGCAGCAGGCGAUCGAGUACGGCACAAAGGUCGUCGGUGGAACCAACCCCAAGAAGGCCGGCCAGGAGCACCUCGGUCUCCCCGUCUUUGCCAAUGUUGAGCAGGGUAUCAAGGAGACCGGCGCUACCGCAACUGCCAUCUUCGUCCCUCCCCCAGUCGCUGCCGCCGGUAUCGAGGAGGCCAUCAAGGCGGAGGUCCCGCUGAUUGUGACUAUCACUGAGGGUAUCCCCCAGCACGACAUGGUCCGCAUCACCGACAUGCUCAAGACCCAGAACAAGUCCCGCAUGGUCGGCCCCAACUGCCCCGGUAUCAUCGCUCCUGGCCAAUGCAAGAUCGGUAUCAUGCCCGGCUUCAUCCACAAGCGCGGUCGCGUCGGUAUCGUCUCCCGCUCCGGAACCCUCACCUACGAGGCUGUCAACCAGACCACCCAGGCCGGCCUCGGUCAGUCGCUCGUCGUCGGUAUUGGCGGUGAUCCCUUCUCCGGAACCAACUUCAUCGACUGCUUGAAGGUCUUCCUCGAGGACAGCGAGACAGACGGUAUCAUCAUGAUUGGAGAGAUCGGCGGUACUGCUGAGGAGGACGCCGCCGACUUCUUGAAGGAAUACAACACCGCUAACAAGCCCGUUGUCAGCUUCAUCGCUGGUAUCUCUGCGCCGCCAGGCAGGAGAAUGGGUCACGCUGGUGCCAUUGUCAGCGGAGGAAAGGGUGACGCUAACUCGAAGAUCACCGCUCUCGAGGCCGCUGGUGUCGUUGUUGAGCGCUCGCCUGCUUCGCUCGGCAAGUCUCUGUACGAUCAGUUCAUCAAGCGCGACUUGAUAUAAUUCGCAACGAAACGAGUAGGGGAAUUGGGUUGAUCUGUUCAGAGAGUUUCAAGUGCAUAUCCGGUUAGGGCAGAUCGCAGUUGCUGCAUGAAGGGAUGUUUUGUACCAAGUCCCGUCUAUUGUACAUUUAGUCAUUUCACGCAGUCUUGACGUCCGCAUAAGACGCUGCUCGCACUCGAAUUCUCCCGAGAGCUUUUGUGACCGCGGAGGUGCACGUGAGAGCGCGCUAGUCCGGACCCUCACUCCAAAAAGUUCGCGACAGUUGCACCUCCAACGUGACGACCAGCACAUUCCUACAGCGCCAUGUCGAAAACAAAAACCAAGCAAGCGCGCCGCCAAUUGAAGCGCGACGGCCAGCGCAAAAUCGCAGAGCACCAAAAGAAAACCGCAAAAGCCGCCGCCGCG